GGCUGCAGAGCCUCCGGCCCAAUGGGAGCCUGCUGAAGGCCCUUGUAGGGUCGCACCGCCCAGCGCGGCCCCACAGCCGCCCCGCUGCCCGCCGCCGCCGGGAGACGCGGGCCCGGCCGGGGGCCGCCCGCCCGCUGCCGUCCCAAUUCCCCCUUUCCCCCCCCCCCCCCCCUUUUUUCCUCCUUUUAAAAAUCCUCCCCCUCCUCCCGGCAUCGUCGCCGCCCGCUGCCGGUGCUCCCAUGGAAAAAUCCAAAAAUUUCCGCAUCGACGCGCUGCUGGCUGUCGACCCCCCCAAGGCGGCGGCGGUGGGGGCGCAGAGCGCUCCGCUCGCCCUCGUCGCCUCCUCGCUGGGUGGCAGCGCGCCGCGCGGCUCCAGCAGCUCCAGCAGCUCCAGCGGCAGCCCCCCGGCUUCCUCCUCGUCCUCCUCUUCCUCCUCUUCCUCCUCCUCCUCCUCCUCCUCCUCUUCUUCCUCCGAGCAGCAGCAGCAGCAGCCCGCCGCCGGCCCCGCCGACCGCCUCCGCGCCGACAGCCCCUCGCCGCCGCCGCCGCCCCGCAUCCUGGCCGCCCACUGCGCCCUGGUGCCCAAGGGGGGGUUUUUGGCUUCCACCAGCGGCCACCCCCCGCACCACGCCGGGAUGGCGCUGGGACUGCACCCCGCGGCCCCCGGGGGGCCCGGCAUGCCCCCGCAGGCGGCCCUAUACGGGCACCCCAUGUACGGGUACUCGGCGCUGGGCGGGCAGCACCCGGCUCUGUCCUAUUCCUACUCGCAAGUGCAAGGGGCGCACCCGUCCCACCCCGCCGCCGACCCCAUCAAGCUGAGCGCGGGCACCUUCCAGCUGGACCAGUGGCUGCGGGCAUCCACGGCCGGCAUGAUCCUGCCCAAAAUGCCCGAUUUUAACUCCCAGGCUCAGUCCAACCUGCUGGGGAAGUGCCGCCGGCCCCGCACGGCUUUCACCAGCCAGCAGCUGCUGGAGCUGGAGCACCAGUUCAAGCUGAACAAAUACCUCUCCCGGCCCAAGCGCUUCGAGGUGGCCACGUCGCUGAUGCUCACCGAGACGCAGGUGAAGAUUUGGUUCCAGAACCGGCGCAUGAAGUGGAAGCGGAGCAAGAAGGCGAAGGAGCAGGCGGCGCAGGAAGCCGAGAAGCAGAAGGGGGGAGGCGAGGACAAGGCGGACGAGGAGCUGCUGCUGCCCGCCCCCGACAAGAGCGGCGGGCGGCGGCUGCGGGAGCUGCCCGACAGCGAGCCCGACGACGACGACGAGGAAGAGGAGGAGGAAGAAGCCGGCAGGUGCUGCCCUUACCACUCCUCCGACUGCUCCGAGGCGGACGAGGAGGACUCGCAGCCCCGGGGCCGGCACGGAGCCCCCCCGCUGGCCCCCACCCAGCCCCAGUGAGCCCCCGGCCCCAGCUCCCCGCCCGCCCCGUCGGGGCCGCCCCCUCCCCAAGACACCCCCUUUUAUUCCGUUUUCUCCCCGCUUGGAGGGGGAUGGAGAAGAGGAUCCCCCGUGUGCCGGGAGGGAGAAGGAAGAUUUGCGGUGACCACAGUGUUAUUAUUGACUGAAAAGCAGACAAAACUUGACCCCCCCGCCCCCCCAAGUCCCAACCCUCCGUUCGCUGAGUCUUGGAAAUGGUUUUGUUCUGACUAUAUAGCGGGAAAACUGGUUAUGUCCUGAACGUUAAAACUGCUGGAAAUCUCGAUACCGUCUUUAUUUUUGUAUAUCGUAUUUAUAAAAAAUAAGAAUAAUAAUAAUUGCCUCUACUUAUGCAUGCUAAAUUAUUACCUCCCCACCCCCCCCACCCGCGCGGUGGGGCGGAAAAUA